CUCCUUGCCCAGCCAGGCCGGCAACCCUGGAAGAUGCUCAACCGGGCGCUGCUUACUCAUGUGCGCCCGGACUCCGCCACCACGUGGGCGUGGGUGUACAGCGACGCGCCGGCGCCCGCGGGGCUGCCUGCCCGGCUGGCGGCCGCGGUCGGCCACGUGCGGGGCGCGGGCGUGGAACAGCAUCCACCGCAGCCAGCCACUCAGCCGCCAGCGGCGCCGCCACAGUGGCGGGUUAGCCUGGACCAGCUGUGGGUGGCUAACGCUGCGGGGGCUGUGUCCUACGUCCACUACACGGGGCGGCUCUUGGAGCCUGGGCCUGGCGUGCUGCCCCCGGCGGUGGAUGGGGCGUGGCAGCCUGCCUGUGUGCUGCAGCAUCGCAAGCCGCGGCACCUGUGGACCUUUGAAGAGCGGGCGGCAUACGAUGCAGCAUCACCAGGGGACCGGGCGGGGGCGUGGCCUCGGGCGCCGUACUUCCUGGCGCCGGAGGCUGGGGUGGUGGUGCACCCGGAGCACUGCCGGAUUGCGGGUGUCAGCUUAGCGGACUACACGGUGCGGGACGUGCGGCGGGCCAUCACCGCGGCCAACCCGGCCGCACCUCCGGCUCCGGCCCGCCCCGCAGCCAUGCCGUGCCCGGCGCCAACACAGCAGCCCUAUGGCACCCAAAUGGUGGUAACGAUCCAAAAACGGGGGUGACGAUCCCCGGACAGGGGGUAACGAUUGUUUCGGGCCCGCACGGCCUGGCACGCCCAGGACGCAAGCCAAGUGGUGCUGUGGUCACCUCUUAGCUACUUGUCAUGCAUACGCACAUUGCGGACUGGGCGGAGUGCCUUUCGUCGCCGACAAGUGAACAUGCCGACAUUCUAGUCUGCAAAGUGUGUAUUGUAGUGACAGUUUGUGUUAAAACAGUCUAAUAUGUGAAGCCUUAAACUUCUGUAGUCUUUGCGCUUGCGAACGAGGAAGUCUGGGGGCUGUAGGCCGACUGUGUGACAUUGUGACAGGGACCCUUGGG